CGAUCGUGGAGGAAUUGGAGGAGGAAGAGGCCGAGGAAUGGGCGAUCGUGGAGGAGAUGGAGGAGAAAGAGGCCGAGGAAUGAGCGAUCGUGGAGGUGUUGGAGGAGAAAGAGGCCGAGGAGUAGGAAUUCAAGAAGGAUCUAGAGGUAGUAGCCGAGGACGCGGUGUAGGAUCUCGAGGAGACAGAGGAGGUUUCCGGGGUUCAAGAGGCAGUUUCAGAGGAAGCGAUCGUGGUGCAUCGUUUGGACGUGGUCGGGGAAGAGGAUACGUAGUCCUUGGCGAUCAAAAACAAGUGACACUUCGAGCACAGAAAGAAUUUGAAACCCAGUUAGGUUUACAGCUUUAUGUUGCUUUCAAGAAAACCCCAGUUCUUACCCAUGAACUGGAAAAGCUACCAGGAUUUCAUUCCAUUAGUGCACCACCUAGCAAUAACGAACUCGAAAAGAUUAUCUUAUUCAGAGACAUGGCAUCUCUUGAAGCUGCCAAGACCACUCUUGAUGUACACGAAAAUGUUCAGUCUGCAAAACGAAUGGGUUUGGAAUCCAUUUGUAGCAUGAACUUAACUCCAAGUGCUUGCAAAGUUUAUCUUGGCUUUGGUGAAGCUGUCAAGGAAAAUGCUGUGAAAAAGCUUGAUAGUAAAAUCAAAGAAGUUGCAAUCUUUAGCAAAACAACUAGCUGUGCACUGCAAUUUGCAACACCCGAACAAGCAAAGUUUGCGGGUGGAAAGUUAAAGUCUCGAUACCAGAAAAUAAAGAACCUACUUGAUGUUGAAAUGUACUACCCCAAGAAUCAGUCUGUCGUGCCAGAAGAUCAGGGUUUAAUGACCCAAAUGUUACUGAGGUUCAGUGACGCUUACGACAUGGAACAAAUAAAGGCUAUUGAAAAAAUAACUGACACACCGGGAACAGUUGUUCCCCUGUACAGCUGCACGGCUCAGUUUGCAACUCGCAAGGAAGCAGUGGAUGCAGUAGGAAGAUUGAAGUCCAAAAUUGGUGAAAAUAGCCUACGGCUUGUCAAUUUGUAUUUUGAUCCAUUAAGUACAGUAAAAAAUGUCGAAUUGGACAAGAUUGUUCUGCGGGAUGUUCCCAAAAACGUUACCGUAAAAGAUUUUGUAACCCAGUUCCCUAAAGCGAUUUCUGUUGUCAUCUACAAGAAAACUUUCCCAGCGUCUAAAUUUUGCCAUGCCCAUGUGGGUUUCGCAUCCCAGAAAGAGGCUGCCGAAGUCUUAUACUUGACAGACUUAAAAAUUGGAGACAGAAAGGUGUACAUCUUCCCGGGACUCUGUGAACUCAUGCACGACUUGUCUAGUUUAGGUGUAAUCGAAAAAAAGAACGCGGUAAAAGAUGCCAAAGUUGAAGAGGAACCACCAAGCAAGAAGAGAAAGACGGAAAAGGGUUGUGAAAAGAAUGACGAUGAAGAUGUCGAGGAUGAAGAUGACGAGGAUGAAGAUGACGAGGAUGAAGAUGUCGAGGAUGAAGAUGUCGAGGAUGAAGAUGUCGAGGAUGAAGAUGACGAGGAUGAAGGCGUAGAAGAUGAAGACGAAGAAGCAGAAGGUGAAGGAGAAGAAGACGAAACUGAAGGCGACGACGAAGAUGAAGAUGACGAAUCUGACUAAUCUGACGAAAGUGAUUUGAAAAGGUUACAUAUACGCUGUAUUUUUCUUCUUGACCAAAUAAGUAUUUGAGUUUUUAGAAAAUACAGAACUUGAAAUACUGA